AAAUUCACAACCACUUCCCUUUUCGGUCAUCUCCUCCCGGCUCCCUCUCCUCUUCGUCCCUCCUUCAAUGGAGACCAUCCUCUCACCUUCCACCUUCACCCCUCUCUUCAACCCCAAGCCCUACUCAUUCCCUAAGCAACCCAAGCUCCCGCUUCUCUCCAAAUCCUUUGCCUGCGCACUCAACAAUUUUUCUACCUCUUCUUCUUCUUCUUCCUCCUCCACCUCCAAGAAGACCUGGAUCUCCCACCUCCACCAUGGCCUGGCAGCCGCUGCCCUAUCGCUCGCCAUCAACUUCUGCCCCGUCCCCUCCCUCGAUCUCCCUGCCGCCGCUUCGGAGUUCGACGUGCUGAACGAGGGCCCCCCGCAGGAGUACAUCCUCGAUGAUGCCGGCGUCCUCAGUCGUGUGACUAAGUCGGAUCUGAAUACCUUGUUGUCUGAUCUGGAGUCGAGGAAGAAUCUCCACAUCAAUUUCGUCACUGUCCGCAAACUCACGAGUAAAGCAGACGCUUUUGAGUAUGCUGAUCAGGUGCUCGAGAAAUGGUAUCCUACUGUUGAACAAGGGAACAACAAAGGGUUAGUUGUAUUGGUUACCACUCAAAAGGAAGGGGCAAUCACAGGAGGACCUGCAUUCAUUCAAGCAGUUGGAGAUACUAUUCUUGAUGCGACUGUGUCGGAGAACCUUCCUGUAUUAGCUACAGAUGAGAAAUAUAACGAGGCUGUAGUCUCUGCUGCAAAACGUUUAGUUGCUGCCAUUGAUGGGCUGCCAGAUCCUGGAGGACCUACAUUCAAGGAUAACAAGCGUGAAUCCAACUUCAAAUCUAGAGAAGAGACUGAAGAGAAACGGGGACAGUUUACUCUUGUAGUCGGAGGUUUGCUGGUGAUUGCUUUUGUGGUUCCUAUGGCACAGUAUUAUGCUUAUGUCUCCAAGAAGUAGUUGUCGGAUCAGAGGAGAAAAUUCUAGUUUAAAGUCGUAUCUAUUUAGAACUGAAACCCAAAGAAUUUUGAGUUGUAUAUUCUAUGCCAACUCCCAUUGGCUUGAAUUCAAUCAAAUGACCAAAAAAUUAGUUUA